AUCCCAAACACGGACAUAGUUGUAAAAUAGGUGUCUUUGAUUUUUUAAAACUUAGUAUCUGUUGAAUACUUUCAAAUAAAUCUAAUAACUUUAUCACCAAAAAACAUAGGGUGAAUGACUACAUAUCGGUUCUCAGUCAAAGUCCUAAUCGAUAUGAGUUUGUAUUACUUUCGCAAUUUGACACGGAGUACUCCGUUUGUUGUCAGGGACGUCAAUGAAGUUCCCCAUUUUGUAUCCCUGUAGGUUGAGCCCGUUCGUUAAGCCGUAGCUCUGUUGUCAACACGUGGCCAGUGUUUGAAGCGUGGAGAUAGAUACACGCUGUGUGAAGUAGACAAGCACCGGAGGCCCAGGAACUUAAGAAUGAGCGAGUUCGAAGAAUCUGGCAUCGGAGAAGAGUGCGGAGUUUUCGGCUGUGUUGCCGCAGGAGAAUGGCCAACACAACUAGAAGUUGCCCAAGUGUUAACUUUGGGACUUGUCGCGCUACAACAUAGGGGUCAGGAAAGUGCUGGAAUCGUCACAAGUAAUGGAGUCAACCCACCAACGUACAAUACCCUGAAGGGGAUGGGGUUAGUGAACAAUGCCUUUCCACCUGAGGACCUUCUGAAGCUGCGCUAUGGUAACCUGGGCAUCGGGCACACACGCUACUCCACCACGGGCAUCUCUGAGCUGCAGAACUGCCAGCCCUUUGUAGUGGACACACUGCAUGGCAAGAUAGCUGUGGCACACAACGGGGAGCUGGUCAAUGCAGCUGCACUGCGUAAAAAGGUGAUGCGUCACGGCGUGGGUCUCUCCACCAGCUCAGACAGUGAGCUCAUCACCCAGCUGCUGGCUCUGACUCCGCCCAUGGAGGAGCUGGAUGCCCCUGACUGGGUGGCCAGGAUAAAGAACCUGAUGCAUGAGACCCCUACAUCCUACUCACUGCUGGUGAUGUACACAGAUGUGAUCUAUGCUAUCCGUGACCCGUACGGAAACAGACCGCUCAGCAUCGGACGCCUCGUCCCCAUUUCUAAACUCCACACUGCAGGUGCUGGCGAGGGAGACACAGAGGGUUGGGUGGUGUCAUCAGAGUCCUGCAGCUUCCAGUCAAUCGGUGCCAAGUACUACAGAGAGGUGAUGCCUGGAGAGAUAGUCCAGAUCUCCAAACACGGUGUGAAGUCCCUAAGCAUUGUCCCUCGCCCCGAGGGAGACCUCCCUGCCUUUUGCAUCUUUGAAUAUGUUUACUUUGCCAGACCAGACUCCAUAUUUGAAGGUCAGAUGGUGUACACAGUCAGGCAGCGCUGUGGACGGCAGCUAGCCAUUGAGGCCCCUACAGAGGCAGACGUGGUCAGCACUGUGCCUGAGUCUGCUACUCCUGCUGCACUGGGAUACGCAGAGCAGUCGGGACUGCCGUACGUAGAGGUUCUGUGUAAGAAUCGCUACGUUGGGAGGACAUUUAUUCAACCAAACACACGCCUCAGGCAGUUGGGGGUGGCCAAGAAGUUUGGUGCGCUGACAGACAACUUUGCAGGCAAGCGGGUGGUGCUUGUUGAUGAUUCCAUCGUCAGGGGCAACACCAUCGCCCCCAUAAUCAAGUUGUUGAAGGAAGCAGGAGCCACAGAGGUCCACAUCCGCGUUGCCUCCCCACCCAUCAGGUUCCCCUGCUACAUGGGCAUCAACAUCCCCACAAAAGAGGAGCUCAUUGCUAACAGGCCAGAGUUUAAGGACAUUGCUGGCUACAUUGGUGCCACCAGCGUGCAGUAUCUGUCAGUGGAGGGCCUGGUGUCAGCGGUGCAGGGGGGAAUCCCCUCCCUCCAGAAGGAUGAGCGGAUCAGCACCAACACCAAGGCCAGCAGGAGAGUGGGCCACUGCACCGCCUGCCUCACAGGCAAAUACCCUGUAGAACUGGAGUGGUGACCGCUGACCACAACCACUAUCUUGACCACACUACUGCUGUUAUUGUACUUAACCUAAUGUCUAAAGUGUGAACCUUAACCAUACUCUAACCAAGGAAGUGCCUCUUGGAGCCUACUUGGCCACAGUAUGGGUGCCUAGGGCAUGGCCUCACCUUGACAAGUAAACACAGAAUUGCUGUAGCUACUAAAUUUUUCCUGAAAGCUGUUACGGUUUGAGUGGUGCCUGGCCUGCUUUGGUCUGAAACCGUUGGGCCUUGAUGCUUCCACUCUGGCAACACAAUAACCUUAUGCACGUCAAUGUGUUACAUUUCAACCCAGCCUUCUCAUUCCACAUAAUAUUCAUAAUAUCCAUUGUUAUUAAAAACUAGCAUUCUGACUCCUUUCUCUCAUUGGAGAGAUUAGUUACAAGUGGCCGUAUCAGCUGUAAGACGCACAACUUCAAACCAAAAACGUUAUGUGAAAACAACUUGCUUCCAUUUAAUUUAGCCUUAAACCUCUACUAAAUUGACCUGCAAAUGUAUUUUGCUUAUAUCCUGUAUACAAAGUGGUUGAAUCCUGUUUCCCUACUUUCAGACUAAUCACUGUCCCUCCUGUAAAGUGCAUACUACACUGAACAAAUAUAAAUGCAACAAUUUUAAAUAUUUUACUGAGUUAGAGUUCAUAAGGAAAUCUUCAAUUGGAAUAAAAUCAUUAGGCCCUAAUCUAUGGAUUUCACAUGACUGGGAAUACAGAUAUGCAUCUGUUGGUCACAGAUACCUAUCCUUUGCAUAGAGUUGAUCAGGCUGUUGAUUGAGGCCUGGUGAAUGUUGUCCCACUCAUCAAUGACUGUGUAAAGUUGAUGGGUAUUGACAGGAACACGCCGUCGUACACAUCGACCCAGAGCAUCCCAAACCUGCUCAAUGGGUGACUUGUCUGGUGAGUAUGCAGGCCAUGGAAUAAUGUAUAGGCCAUUUUCAGCUUCCAGGAAUUGUGUACAGAUCCCUGCGACAUGGGACUGUGCAUUAUCAUGCUGAAACGAGUUGUUGGCAGCGGAUGAACGGGCCUCAGGAUCUCAUUCAAAUUGUCAUCGAUAAAAUGCAAUCAUGUUCGUUUUCCGUAGCUUAUGCCUACCCAUAGUUCGUUUUCCGUAGCUUAUGCCUACCCAUACUAUAACCCCGACCAUAAAACACUUCGUUCACAAUGUUGACAUCCGCAAACCGUUCGCCUACACCAUACACUGUGCCAUCGGCCCGGUACAAUUGAAACCAGGAUUCAUCUGAAGAGCACACUUCUCCAGCAUACCAGUGGCCAUUGAAAGUGAGGAUUUUCCCACGGAAGCCAGUUACGAUGCCGAACUGCACUCACGUCAAGACCCUGGUGAGGACACGCUUGCAGAUGAGCUUCCCUGAAAUGGUUUCUGAGUUUGUGAGGACGUUUUUCAGUUGUGCAAACCCAGUUACAUCAGCUGUCCCGGUGGCUCAUCUCCGACCAUCCUACAAGUGAAGAAGCCGGAUGUGGAGGUCUUGGGCUGGCAUGGUUACACGUGGUCUGCAAUUGGAUGUACUGCCAAAAUCUCUAAACCGCUGGAGGCAGUUUACGGUAGAGAAAUUAACAUUCCAUUUCUAGGAUGGGAACAACACUUUACAUGUUGCAUUUAUAUUUUUGUUCCAUGUAGAUUGAAAGACUGAACAUUUAAUUUGUUAAUUGUGCUUUCAUUUUCCCCAUUGUAAUAAAUAAUUCAUGAAUAUGUAAGAACAAAAGCAAUUAAUAUAAAAUACUUUUGAAAACCUUG